GAUCUACACCACAACCACGAGCUUCUGUUUUUCUCACAGAAACCCCCCGGAAUAGUUUCCGUUCACAUGGUCAACAACGACGGCGAUGUUGAACUACUUGCCGAUACUGUGCAGAAGAUCGUGGCGAAGCUAGCACCGUCAAUGAUAACCUCCUAAACGGCCGUACAGUAUAAACGUCAUUUUCACUUAUUCCUUCUAACCAGUCUUAUGAUUAUAACUACUUAGUAUUAUUAUUAUAUCAUCUUAACUCUCUGUUGUGGCUAACGUAGGAAUUCUGUACUUAAUUGGGUAAUCGUUCGUAUAUUUCUUCCCAUCAAUUGCUUGUUCUUUUCCUUACACUGGCUGACCUUUAAUGUUUAUCAGGGAAUUUAUUUAACCGUACUAGUAUUAUUCUAGGCUUCCUCGAGUGGUAAUCCGCAAAUAGGAUCUACUAAAAUUUUCUGUUUACGGUUAGCUCCUGGUAUACGUUCGUUAUUGUGUGGAUUUCUUCCUUAAUUCACUCGAUCUUUACUUCUUUCACCGAAGAUUUUACUGCAGCUUUCAUAUACACAAUUCCUUAAAAAAUUACCUUGCGAAAUCUGAAAUUUUCAUUACGUACAUUUCAAGUACAAUACAUCUUAAUGACAGUCAAUUCUCGUUAAGUCGUACUUAUGUGUGUUUUCCCUCCUUUGUUUCUUAUAUCUUCAGUCGCCAUGGCAGCGCAUUAUGGUAUAAAAUCUUUUCUAUAAUAUACUUUAUACUUAAUGUAUUUUUUAACAGUCGCUCAAUAUUUACAAAAAAUAAUUUAACCGUUUAAUAAAUUAUUUCGUGCUGUCGUACGAUUACAGUUCUAUAGAUAUUUCGCUAGAACUACAUAAAUAACAUGGUUAACAUUUGUUAUCAAAAUUUUGUACAAUUAUUGACAUAUUGCAAAAUACCUAUGCCGCAAAUCUGCUUGAGCUAACGGUCUAAGAUUCAAAUCUGGGUUUAAAUUUCAAUGUGUAACGAGCGAGUCAGAAUUAUCCCACAAGUAUACUUAGUACGAUAAUUCUUCUAAAAGGUACAUCUAGUUACGGGCAUCAGCCAUCCACAUACAAAAAAGUAAUGCAAGUGCGAGUUCACUAACGAUAAGUUGUGAGAAAAUGCUAUAUUGAUUUCGGUGAAUUUUCAUAACAAUACCGGCACGAAGAGUUGAGGCAGUACUCUUUUACCUUUAUUUUUUUCCCCUUGUCUGUCUGCCUACUUUUAACUAAUACUAAAUUAGCUGUGUAACGAGUUCUACUUUUUAACUGCUUUUAAAGUUCUUUAAAGUCAGGUCGGUCGACUGCUGUUUGAUUUUAAAAGCGAUUACCAUGAAUUUCAGAGCAAAAACUGGUGACUUAUGCACAGCAAAACAAAGCAGGAGAAACAUGAUCUUUUUUAAAUUUUUAAUGAUUAUCUGCAGACUGCAAUGACGCCGGUUAGGCGUUAUCUCGAGGUUUCGUCAGAUGCAGAACGUUCAUCGCACUGCAGGACGCGUGUUUGAUGUACGCACUUUGUAGCAAUUUACGUCUGCAAGGUGACACGUCAGUUUUCUGUGAUUGCAAUCACUUACCCGGUUCUACGGCAAGCAGUUUUUUGACGUGCUUUAGACAUCGUCGGAGCACAACACGCCGUCUUUAGAACGGCAUGUUUCAGUAUACUUAUGGAGCCCCUUUUUAUGUACAUUUUUACGUCUAAAAUACAUGGUCUACGGAACCAUAUUAUGGCUUUUUGAAACUCAAAAAGCACCCAUCCUAGGACAUCUUUUGAAUGAAGAAGACACGGGGUGCGGCUGAUAAUGUGAAAACUGUCUUAAAGAUAUAUCUCGUCUGAGUUAUAGUGGCUUCCGAUCCGCUGUCUGGAUUGCAGCGUGAGUAAAAGUGCUCGAAUGUAUUUAAAAUGCGCAAAUUGUGUGGAAAAAUACUUGCGCUCGAGAGUAAUUGCAGGUGUAGAUUGUUCCUUGUUGCUCUGGCUGACUUGUUGGAUUACGAUUUGGGAUUAUGAUAAUUUCUUCCGAGCUUGGAGUAUGUGCAAUCGCCUUUAAUUAUUACUGCAAUUCGCUGACAUGCGAGUAAUUCAUCGUGGAAGCCGAAAGUGCAGUCAUGUAUGCCGUUUCCGAUCAACAUAGCGUUUGAAUAACAAGAUUAACGGUUUGCAAUAAUCAUCAUACCCAUAUCCAGGAAAACAGCGUGCACCAGACCGAGCGCUUCCGGGAUGACCGUGCGAUGUGGCGGAAGUGAUACAACGCGCGCCUUUGCGUCGAAAACAAGCGUAUUCUCUGGAUCACGGUAGAGUACAUCCCGGAGCUCCGCUGCGGCUGCCUACAUACCUUACAAUACUGCCGGUGUUUAGCAAGAUGUUGGGAGAAAUUAAUAGAUAACCAACCACAAGGAACGCCCACCGGCUCCCAUCCGACAAUGUAAAACAAGGAACUGAAGGAAGAUCACCGUGCACACGUUAUCGAUUUCACCCACCGCUAACCAGCUCCACUCAUUCCUCGCCGAGCUGUGUGAAUCUCAGGAUAUCGCAGUGCUAUUGGUCGCAAUACGGACACGAUUUUCUAAACGUUGGUCACUGGGCUGAUUGUCGAACCGACCAGUUAGACCACAACAUGGUUCUAAAGGUCACUCGCAUCGGGCUCCAGGAGCUAAGAGGAGUUGGAUUUCUGCUGGCUGGUAUGGGAUUUGUCAUCUUCGGCAUGACCGUACCAUUGACAUGCAUGCUGCCGUAUAUGGACUUCGCCUUCCUGCAUGGCUACAGCUAUUUUAUGGGCCUGCUCCUUAUGUACGUUGGCUACUUAACCACGGUCACCGCCCGUGACAUCGCCGCGAAAUGGGACGCGAUCCAGUCGCCGGACCAGCUGCGUCGUCUCAUUGUGAUCAUGGUCGUGCCCUUUGCCCUGAUCAUGCUGGGAUUCGGGGAGAUGUACAAGUACGGCAAGGAAGACGGUGGUCUGCUUAACCAGGUGAUGGGACAGAUCCGCCGAAAGGAGUGGGGCGAUCUCAGCCCUACGGAUGGCCAGGUCACCGGGCUGGAGUGGAUGUACACUAUCAGUCAUCUGAGCUUCAUGGCUGCCCGUCUGGCGUUGGCUUUCGGGGUCAUCCUCAGCACGGUCAUCUGGAUUAACGGGGCACAAAACGCCGCUGACGCCACCGCCGCGGCGCCGAACGCCGGCCGUCGCAGUGAGGAUGCAGAGGUACGCGGAACGACGUCGACGUCGCGGGGGGAGGUUACAUACCACGCCCAGACGGAGCGCGUGCGGAUGCUGCACUCCGAUCCGCCGGCAUACAAUGCCAAGUUUAUUGUGCAUGAAGACGCGUGAUGACGGUGCCGCCGUAAUUAAUAUCAUUAUACAUCGUUUUACUGGCGAUUCAUUCAUCGAUUCAUUCUUCAACAUCUGAACUUCAUUACAACGAUUUCUACGUAUUAGAUUCGCGAUAUAUCACUGAUGGCUUGACAAACUUGUAUGGACUUUUAUAUAUUGAAAUUACACAUUAAUACAUUAUUGCGUUG